CGUGAGCGUCGCUUGCAGUUGAGCCGGAGCGAUGCCUUGCCUGGCGCAUGAGUACCACCCCAAGCUCCCGGCCACUAACCACUGCAAGUCCCUCUCCUGCCUCGUCCGGGAGACCUACGCGCACUGCCAUGUCCCCUGCGUCGGGAGGAUGCGUGGCGCCGGGUGGAGCUCCGGCGACGACAGCGACGACGAGGACCUUGAUGACGCCCUCGACACCAAGCAGGUGAUACUGAACGAGAUGAGGAACCGGCAGCUGAGGAGGAAGGAGUCGAGGUGCAGCGUGGAGUCCCCGACUCUGUCGAGCACCUUCGUCUGGUCCUUCACUCAGCUCGAGCCCAGCCCCAGGAGCGUUCUCGAGAAGGUCUCCAGCUCCAGCAUAGAGAAGGACGAGAAGGAUAAGGAGGCGGCAAGCGACGACGGCCGCGGCGACGCCGACGACGUGGAGAGCGAGGCGUUCUUCUCGGUGAAGAGCUUCUUCACGCGCAGCACGAGCCGGGCGGCAACCGUUGCGUCGUCGGUGGACCUGGACCCGGCGGCGACGUGGGAGGGCUUCCGGGACUGCGAGGGGUGGCCGUUCGGGCUGUGCCGCCGCCCCGCCGUGCCCCCGCUGCCCAGCACGCCCGCCGAUUCGUGGAAGUGGCGCAAGCAGAGCAGCAUGGGCAACCUGCUCGCCGCGAGCCCGGCCCGGGCUUACAGCUGCAAGGUCGCAACGAGUUUACCGGCGUCGCCGUUAGCCAGGAAGAACCUUGAUGACGUGAACCGUCCGUCUUAGCAGCAGGGCACGGCGCGCUGAGGUGUGACGAUGUUGGCAGGUUUGGAGGUAUAGCUCACCUUGCUGUGUCAUGUGGGAGAUGAUUUCACAGUGAUCUUCCUCCAAUCUCGUCGAUCGUCUCUUUCGGAAAAAUGUGCACUUAAUUUCCAGGUGUCCGGUUAUGACCGUGAUCUGAUCAUCAAUAACUCACAUGUACUUUCAGAUUCCCAGAGCUGCAUCAAUCGCGCAUGAUUUAGCUAUGUUUUACUACAUCACAAAUAAUUGUUAUUUUUCCUUCGCUC